AUGGCAGCCAACGUGUUCCCGUUUCGCGACGCGCGUGCCGCGCCAGAUCCGGUGCUGGAGGCCGGUCCGGUGGCCCACGGGCCACUGCCUGUGCCGCUAGUACUGGACAACGGGUCGUUCCAGGCCCGCGCCGGCUGGGCGUGUCCAGGGCCGGACCCAGGCCCCGAGCCGCGUCUGCAGUUCCGCGCGGUGUGCGCCCGCGGGCGUGGAGGGGCGCGGGGCGGGGCGGGCCCGCAGGUAGGCAACGCGCUGGGCAGCCUGGAACCGCUGCGCUGGAUGCUGCGCUCGCCCUUCGACCGCAACGUGCCGGUCAACCUGGAGCUGCAGGAGCUGCUGUUUGACUACAGCUUCCAGCACCUGGGCGUCUCCUCACAGGGCUGUGUUGAUCAUCCCAUAGUUUUGACAGAAGCUGUGUGUAACCCAUUGUAUUCACGACAAAUGAUGUCUGAGCUUCUUUUUGAGUGCUACGGGAUUCCAAAGGUUGCCUAUGGAAUAGACAGCCUCUUCAGCUUCUACCACAAUAAGCCAAAGAACUCGACUUCCAGUGGGCUUAUCAUUUCAUCUGGAUACCAGUGUACACAUAUUUUACCCAUCUUAGAAGGGAGGUUAGAUGCUAAAAACUGCAAGCGUAUCAAUCUUGGAGGAAGCCAAGCAGCUGGCUACCUCCAGCGUCUCCUCCAGCUGAAGUAUCCUGGGCACCUGGCAGCCAUCACCCUCAGCCGCAUGGAGGAGAUCCUGCAUGAGCACAGCUACGUCGCUGAGGAUUACAUGGAAGAAUUGCAGAAGUGGCAGUGCCCUGAUUAUUAUGAGAACAACGUCCACAAGAUGCAGCUUCCAUUUUCCAGCAAGCUCCUUGGCAGCACUCUGACCUCUGAGGAGAAACAGGAAAGGCGGCAGCAGCAAUUGCGGCGGCUGCAGGAGCUCAACGCCCGGCGGCGGGAGGAGAAGCUGCAGCUGGAUCAGGAGCGGCUGGACAGAUUGCUAUAUGUGCAGGAACUUUUAGAGGAUGGCCAGAUGGAUCAGUUUCACAAAGCUCUCAUAGAGCUGAACAUGGACUCCCCAGAAGAGCUGCAGUCCUACAUACAAAAGCUCAGUUUGGCAGUGGAGCAAGCUAAGCAGAAGAUCCUUCAAGCAGAAGUCAACCUCGAAGUGGAUGUGGUAGACAGCAAGCCGGAGACCCCUGACCUGGAGCAGCUAGAACCAUCAUUGGAAGAAGUGGAAACCAUGAAUGAUUUUGAACCCUUGUUUUCAGAGGAGACACCUGAGGUGGAGAAGCCUGUCACCACUGUCCAGCCCGUGUUUAACUUGGCAGCAUAUCAUCAGCUGUUUGUUGGAACAGAGAGAAUUCGAGCUCCAGAAAUCAUUUUCCAGCCGUCUCUCAUAGGAGAAGAGCAGGCUGGGGUAGCGGAGACUCUUCAGUACAUUCUGGACAGGUACCCAAAAGACAUUCAGGAGCUGCUAGUUCAGAACGUUUUCCUCACUGGGGGAAACAUGAUGUAUCCUGGGAUGAAAGCCAGAAUUGAGAAGGAACUGUUGGAGAUGAGACCCUUUCAGUCUUCUUUUCAGGUCCAACUCGCCUCAAACCCUGUGCUGGAUGCCUGGUACGGUGCUCGUGACUGGGCCUUGGACCACCUAGAUGACAACAAAGCCUGGGUCACUAGGAAGGAAUAUGAAGAAAAGGGAGGAGAGUACCUCAAGGAGCACUGUGCUUCCAACAUCUACGUUCCCAUCCGCCUGCCAAAGCAGGCCUCACGUGCCUCAGAAGCCCAGGUUUCUGGCAAAGGCUCAGGGGCCAGUGGAAGCAGUGCCGGUGAGCAGGCCUAGCAGAGGGGCAUGCCCGAGAGACUGCCCUGCAGUGUCCGAGGGCCACAUCAGCAGUGUGACAGGGGACAGCGAUGUGCUAGGUGUAUCCAGCCUGAGUCCACUGGUCAUGUUUGGCUGCAAAAUGGAUUUCUCCUGGGGGGAACAGAGUUAUUAAACAACACUGGGAGUUAGCCUUCAGUGUUAUGUCUAUACGGGGGCUUCUGCAGUGAAGGAACAUAGUGUGGCUCCUGGCAUCUUUGUUGAUGAACUGUGGCGUCAGCUUCGUACAGCAGCCAGCAGAGACAGGGUGGCAGACAUGUACAAGAUAUGUAAGACAUAUUUCUUUUUUUUUUUUUAAACAUAUAUAGGGAUCCGAACCUGUGGCCUUGUUGUUAUCAGUACCACACUCUCCCAAGUGAGCCAUGGGCUGGCCCUGUAAGACGUAUUUCUUACUGCAGUUUAAAGUCUUUUUGUUUAAAAAAAUCCUUUAAAAUUUAUCUUGUCAAUGUCGACAUUUUAUUUUAAAUUUAUUCAGAAAUUGUGUGAAUGCCCAGCAGAGGGAGGUCUUUCAUGUGUAUAAAAAAGUAGUUUUUAUGUUAUAAAAGCAGUCAUCCACAAAAUCUCAGGAGCUAGGAAUAUUUCCCUCUUCCUGUUAUAUCCCCUUACAAAUAAGAAAGGCCCUAAGAGGGUCACCGACUUGCACAGUCACUCGGCUAGUUAAGGACCUGUGUGGUGCCCUUUUCCGAAUAGGCAGAAAUGGGCUAGUGGCCCAACUUUUGGUCAUACUUUCUUUGUUGGAACUUUUCCACCAUAUGAGGCCUUCCUACAAAUUUUUUUCUAUCCCUGUGAGUUUGUUGGCUCUUUAACUUUUUCAGGCUUUUCUGAAGAAGGAGACUGGAGAAGGUUAGUCCUGCAGCCUUUUCAGUUUUGCUGUAACCUCUCUCUCCCUGCACCUUUACAGCAUCAUCUCAAAUGGACAACAAACCUUUCUCUUUUACAGAGAUGGCUUGGUGGGAAUUUUAACUCUCAAACACACCCAAGAAUUGAGCCCAGAAGGCCCCCCUGUGCUGUUAAUAUUGUCACAGAAUCUGUGCAUUUAAAUACUCUGGAGCCUCUAGCCUGCCUCCCUGAUGAGGCAACUUCAGAACCUGCUUGCUCAUAGAAUUUAUGAAAGGUAUUGCCUGUAUCUGCAGUUCUCAAGGGCUUAGAAGUUGCAGACCCAGAGGGCAGUGCUGGUAUAGAAGGUAGAAGACCCAAGCUAACCCAGAAUCUCCUAAGACAUUGCCCAGUGAGCCAUUGGCUCUCCGUGGCUGGGCCCAAGACUGAUGAGAUGGUGAGAAGCAUGGACUAUUCAGAAAGGACAGAUGUGAGGAAAAAAGGCAGGACCAGUCUCCAUAUGAGAUGUUUUCAUAGCAUGUUUCCAGGAAGAGGGACUGUGCUAACUGCUGUCAGGCCUGGAGUCUUUCUCCCACAGUCCACAGUUUAAACAGCCAGAAUGGCAGUGGUGAAGUCAAAGUCCUGAUGAGGAGGGGCCUUGGGUUGAGCAGGUGAGCAAUGGCACAUCAGAGCCAUGCAGGCAAUAAGCUAGGCCUGCUCAGGUUGUGGGUUGUAACCUGGGACACAGGAGGAGCCUCAAGGGCUGUGGUGAGGGACAGGCAGGGCCAGGGACUGAGCCUUGAACUAGCUCUUGGGUUGCAUCUCCAAGCUGUUACAGACAUUGCAUGAAGCAUGCCAUGACUUCAUGACCACCUUUGCAUGUGCUGUUCUCCUUAGGGAAUCCUGAUCCUUCCCAGCACACUAGGCAAAGCUUGCUACCUGUGGUUCCCCGACCCCCUCACACAAACCACCAGCAGAGCACUCAACACAGUACUUUGGGCUUUAUUCAGGCCCUAGAUGGCCUCUUCUACACUGUGAUAUGUUCCCCAGGAGCAGAGGGUGUGUUUCAUUCAGCCUGAAGCAUCCAGAGCCCAGGGUGACACCUGGAGGGUGCUGAGGGCCCACCGAGAGAGGGGCCCUGGUGAGGCCUUGAUUUCAGACCCUGACCUCCAGAACGAUGAGAGAGUAAAUUUCUGUUGUUUUAAGCACCAUGUUUGUGGUAAUUUGUUUCAGCAGACCUAGGAAAUGAAUAUAGAUGGCCAGGUCGAGUCUGAAAGUGAAUACAGGUGGGAGUCCAGGUGGGAAGUUGUUAAGCCAUAGAGGAGGCAGUAACUUGUCCAUAAGAUGGGGGAGACCCUGCAAUAGCAGAACUUGGAUAACAUCAGCAGAGGUUUACCCCAGGUGAGGUGGCACCAGCAAUGAAGAAGCAGAAGGGAAGGGGUUGGGAAGUGCUCAGGACCACAGCUGGUGGUCUUGGAAAGACCCCCACUUCUGGGGUGACAGAGGCAUCGUGGGUGGCAGAGGUGGUAUAAAAGGGAAGCUAGGACGGGGCUGGUCAAAGACUUACUAAAGCAAGAGAGGAUCAGAGGAGGCCUGACCACAGAAAUGCCAGAUAUUAAAGCAUCUGGCUUUCACUGUAGCCACAUAAGGGGAGCCCUGGAGAAAUGUGGAAAGUCACCCAAGCCCACUGCCUGCUGCUCCUUACCCAUAAUACCUCCUGCUAACAGUUGUUUGUAUAAAUCUAACAUGCUCAGAUAUAAACAUUAAUAAAACUGCAGCAUCCUUAUGGGUUUUGUGGGAAAAAACACCAAAACCAGAAAAUACAAAUUAAAACUUUUUGGCAUAUAGAACAUACCUGCCCCCCCUCCCCAAAGGCUACUGCAAAGCAGAAGAAAACUGUAAUGUAACAUUCCAACAUGAAUUACAAAUAGAUGAGCAAAUGCAGAUGUGAUGACACCACAAAACAUGAAAAAUGACUAGACAACAGAUGUGCAGUGUGGACUGAGACUCAGGAAGGAAUGAAGAAAAGGAACAGUGAUCUCAGCAACCUGAAUUCAAGUACAACCUUGGUGGUCAGUUAAUAACAGUGUAUUGUAUUCUUGAAAAUUGCUGAGAGUAGAUUUUAAGUGUUCUUACCAAUAUGAAUAUGUGAAGUAAUGUGUGUGUUAAUUAGUUUGACUUAGCCAUGUCACAAUGUAUACAUAUUUCAAAACAACAUGUUAUACGUGAUAAAUAUAUGUAACUUUUAUUUGUCAAUUAAAUAAAGGGAAAAGAGAAAAACCCUGAAGUCAAGAUGUACAAAGGAGAAGGAAUUUAAUUGAAAAGAAAUUAAAAAUAAAAGAAAAAGUAAUAGAGAAAAGAGGCAAAGGAAAUAAAAUUGAAUAUAGAAGAAAAUUCAGCUAUAUUGAAUUUUAUUGUAAAAACCACAUGACAUAAGACUUACCAUCUUAACCAGUUUUAAGUUUCCGGAACAGUAGUGUUAACUACAUGCACAUUGUUGAUCAACUGCUCUCCAAAAGUUUUUCAUCUUGCAAAACUGAAACUACCCAUUGAAAAACUACUCCCCUUUUCCUUCUUUCCCCCAGCCCCUGGCAACCACCAGUCUACUUUCUAAGAGUUUGAUUACUCUAGAUAUACCCCAUGCAAGUGGAAUCAUGCAGCAUUUGUCCUGUGACUGGCUUAUUUCAUUUAGCGUAAUGUCCUCAAGGUUCAUUCAUGUUAUAACAUAUGUCAAAAUUUCCUUCCUUUUAAAAACAAUGACUUGGGCCGGCCCCGUGGCUCACUUGGGAGAGCGCGGUAGUGCCGAGGCCACGGGUUCGGAUCCUGUAUGGGGAUGGCCGGUGCACUCACUGGCUGAGCGUGGUGCAGACCACACCGUGCUGAGGGGUGCAAUCCCCUUACUGGUCAAAAAAAAAAAAAAAAAAACUUUCCAUUUUCUUUUUUUAUUUUAAUUUUUUAACCACUUUUAUUGAGGUGUAAUUGAUAUACAAAAAACUGUACAUAUUUAACAUACACAAUUUGAUGAGUUUGGACAUGUGCAUAUACCUGUGAAACUAUCACCACGAUCAAGGUAAUAAACAUAUCCAUCACCCCCAAAA